GACAGUUGGUUUUGUCCGUUGGUUGGCUCUGGGUUAAGUGUAUAUUCUCUCCAAGACAUUUUUUUGCCAAAUAUCCCUUAAAUUAGUGAAAAAUUAGAUAGUUGGUGCCCCCCAGUCUGUAACUAGGGGUGGAAAGCAGUGGCACGUGCCAUGGGUACAGUAGGGGGUGAUAGUAAAUGAGUGGGAGGAACAGCAGGUUCCACAGAAGAGAGGUGUCUUUACCCAUAGGGAUUUGACAGUUGGUUUAGUCCGUUGGUUGGCUCUGGGUUAAGUGUAUAUUCCCUCUGGGGUUAUUUGACAAAUAACUUUUACUACAAUAAAAAAUAAAGGGACCAGGACCUGACAAAGCUCAAGUUUAGGGGACAAUAGAUCUCUGCCUUCCUCUGUAUUAUAUAGGAAAUAUUAAGCGCUAAAUUCAUUAACUUGCCUUUUUAUUCUCUUUUCUAUACAGAUUGCUACAGAGCUUUUCCUGCUUUUUUUGGACUGUGAUUUUGCUGCUACACCUGCCUGAUAACACCUGGGUUUAUUUUUGGCUUCUCCAUUGUUCAGUCACAUCCAUCUUCAUCUGAACAGUGUAAGAGAGAGCCAGGGGUUCCUUAGGGAGACCCCCUUGGGGUGCCCCGGCCUUGUGCCGCCCCCAAUUUAUUUUUUUAACAUCGGAGAAUCUUCUUGAAGAGGUGUCGACGAUGGAGGAGAUAACGAUCAAGACAUCUCUCCUGACGCUGUACGUCGUCCUGGAGGACUUCAGGGAGGAAGACACCGACUUUAAGGCCCUUGCCUCUUAUUACGAACAUCACUACCGGGUCCACUACGGCAAGAACGUCGUCCUAGAGGACUUUAUUCUUCGAUAUUUCAGCGACCCGAGGACGACGCACAGAGACAACAUUUAUGAGUACUGGGUGUUGAUCCAUUAUCUGGAAGUGCUCGAGAGGGAGUGUGUCGCCCUCUACAGUGAGGAGUUGCUGCCUCCUGAAGCAUCAUCGGAACGCUGGAGAUGGGGGCAGCAUUUCGAGUAUCUGCGGCUGCAGAAUACUAUCCAAUGGCACCUUCACCAGCUUGCCAUGACGCUCUGGGAGAGGGAGCAGAAGCUGCAAGAGGCUGCUGGGUAUGUAUUUUGCACUAAACACUUUCAAUUACACUUACUGCCACUUUAUAAUAAUGACAAUAACGAUAUUUAUUUCCCUUCAAACCUAGUGAGGAACAAAAGCCAAGUCCUGCAGCUGAGGGAGAGGAGGAAGAAGUUCCUGCGGUGGAGGAAGAGAAGGAAGAGGGAGCUCCUGGACAACAUCAAGCUCCUGCGGAGGAGGAGGAGGAGAGAGAAGAGAGAGCCUCUGGGGAACAACCAGCUCCUGCACCAGAGAAGGAGAAAGAAGAGGGAGCUCCAGAAGAACAACAAGCUCCUGCAGCAGAGAGAGAAGAGGGAGCGCCUGGAGAAAAGCAAGCUCCUGAUGCUGAGGAGGACGAGAGAGAGGAGGGAGCCCCUGGAGAACAACCAGCUCCUGCAGCGGAGGAGGAGGAGGAGAGAGACGAGGGUGCCCCUGGGAAACAACCAGCUCCUGCAGCAGAGGUGAAGGAAGAG